AUGGCAUCCUGUUGUGGUACCAAACCUGGUCAGUUCAACACCGUGGAGGAGCAGGGAGUUAAUUCUUCUACUGUCGAGCACACGAACAAUCACGAACAUGAUCAUGGGCACGACCACGGACACGAUCAUGAUCACGAGGACAAUCAAGAUGGCAUCCACAGCCACGAUAAUGGAGCAUGCUGUGAUGGGCACUCCGAUACCUCCAGCAUUACAUCGCAGGCUUCAACCUGUUGUGGCAGUGAGGAACAUUGCAGCGAAAAGUGCAUCUACGCCAUUGCCGCUCUCGAGUGCAAGAAGGCUUGCGAUGACGACCCCAGGCAUGAAGGAUCCCACGAUAAACCCCACGAACAUGACCAGGGCACCCAUAAAACCGACACAGCCUGCGGUACGCACCUCGAGGCUGCAUUCGACCAGUAUAGCAGCUACCUUGACCAGAUCCGAUGCAUUUGCCGCAGCGCCAUCGAUCAAGGCAUGACGUCUCUCGAGACAUGCUGUAUGAGCACGAGGCCGAACACCAAGAAGAGUGACAAGAGCAAGCAUGGAAAAAAGAAGCCUGUUCCUGUUGUCCCAGCCUUCAAGCCAUCUGGAGCUGUGGAAAAGAAACAGGAUAUCGAACAUGCUGCAAACAUUGAGACACACGGUUUCUUGGUCAGCGGCAUGGACUGUACCUCUUGCGCCGAUAAACUCUUGCGUAUCUUUAACAGUAUGACAGGCGUGUCUAACGCCCAGGUCAACUUUGUCAUGGGCAAAGGAGAGUUUGACGUCGACACAUCCAUCACCAAUGCGGAUGAGGUACUCACCUUCAUGACGGGUGCAAGUGGUUUCUUGCUUAGCAGAAUCGUGGGUGGACAUCACUUCCUCGAUGUUUUGGUUACCCCUACCCAGGGCAAGCAGUUGGAAGGAAGCCCGCCGCGAGGUGUCACAGACGUACAGUCUCUGGACAAGAAAACUGUUCGUCUAGCUUACGAUCCAACCAUCAUUGGAGCUCGGGACUUGCUGGCCUUGGUGAAGGAAGGCUGCAAUGGACUAGCGGAGCCUCGUGGGGAUCCUCAGCUCGAGAAUAGUCGCCAUCGCCUCUGGGACCAACUCACAAAGGCAGUUCUAGCAGCUGCACUCACCAUCCCUGUCGCAGUAGUCUCAUGGAGCGAAGACUUGGUGGACAAACGCACAGAGGGGAUCGUCUCUCUGAUUCUCGGCACCCUUGUUCAACUCAUUGCCAUCCCAGAGUUUUACCGCCCAGCCCUAGCAGCCCUGUGGUACAGCCGCAGUGUUGAGAUGGAUAUGUUAGUUGUCAUAAGUAUCACGGCAGCCUACGUCUACUCUGUUGUUGCCUUCAGCUUCGAGAUGGCAGGGAAGGCACUUGACGAAGGACAGUUUUUCGAAACAAGCACCAUGCUCAUCACGUUGAUUCUCGUCGGUAGACUCAUCGCUGCUUUUGCAAGAGUCCAAGCUGUUUCCGCUGUGUCGCUGCGGUCGAAGCAGAAUAACGUUGCUGUGCUGGUCGAGAAAGAAGGCGACCAUGAGAUUGAUGCUCGUCUGCUUCAGUAUGGGGACGUUUUCAAGGUUCUUCCACAUUCACGGGUGCCUACUGACGGGGUGGUCAUCUCGGGCAGGACUGAAGUGGAUGAAUCCAUGCUCACGGGCGAAACACUUCCUAUCCUGAAGCAGAAGGGUAGUGACUUGAUCGCUGGCACUGUAAAUGGCGAUGGUACCGUUACGGUUCAGCUGACUCGUCUUCCCGGGAAGAACACGGUGACUGAUAUCGCUCAGCUUGUCGAAGAGGCUGCCAAGUCAAGACCAGAGAUACAAGACUUAGCUGGUAAAGUCGCCAGCUGGUUUGUCCCUGCUAUGGCAACUGUGGCUGUUCUUGUUCUGGUGAUCUGGGUUGCGUGCGGGAUGGAUAUUCUUGACUACAGCGCCGGUAAGAGUGUUGGGAAUGCUAUCACGUAUACCGUGGCUACUCUUGCGGUUGCCUGCCCUUGUGCCCUCGGUCUCGCAGUCCCCAUGGUUCUUGUUGUUGCAGGUGGUAUCGCGGCCAGAGGUGGUGUCAUCAUCAAAACGGCGAAUACUACCGAGGGAGCUCGCAAGACCACUGAUGUCGUAUUCGACAAGACCGGAACAAUAACCGAAGCAGAGCUCGCAGUAACAGAACAAGUCAACCUCCACGGAGACAUGCAGGAGAAUCUCGCGCUGGCCAAGGCUCUUGUAUCUGGCGGCAAACACCCUGUCUCUGCUGCGGUCGAGAAACAUCUUGGGCAACAGACCGUUGAGCCUGUGGCAGAGGUCAUGGAUGUGCAGGUUGUUCCAGGCGCUGGAAUCGAGGCUACAUACCUAGACUCGAACCUCAGGGCUGGAAACGCUCGCUGGACUCAAAGCGACAAACUGGAAGAGGUCUCACGACUCCAGGAGAGCGGCCUCACUACUCUAGUUGUAACGCGUAACUCGGUCCCUUUCAUUGUCUUUGGACUCUCGGCACAGAUUCGACCGGAAGCUGUACAGGUCAUCUCCGAACUCAAAGCCCGCGGCAUUGCGGUGCAUCUUGUCUCGGGAGACCAGAUCAAGGCCGUGAAGGCCGUGGCGGCUUCGGUGGGUAUUUCGGAUGAGAAUGUUGCUGGGGAACGGACUCCACCAGAGAAGCGAGACUAUGUUGCUGCUCUGAUGGAGAACAAACAAAGACACGUUCUAUUCUGCGGUGAUGGAACCAACGAUGCCAUUGCUGUAGCCCAGGCCAACAUUGGUGCUCAAAUGGGAGGUGGUUUGAUCAGCAGCGACGUGACACAGGGUGCAGCAGAUGUCGUCCUUCUCAACGGUCUGGAAGGGAUCCCUUUUCUUCUCGACAUCAGCAAAGUCUCGUUCAACCGGAUGUACUUCAACUUUAUCUGGUCUGCUGUCUACAAUGUCUUGGCAAUCACCAUGGCUAGCGGUGCUUGGGUUGAGUUCCGCAUUCCUCCACGAUAUGCUGGACUGGGUGAGAUGGUGAGCGUGGUGCCGGUGAUCCUCGCUGCCAAUUCGAUGUUCUUUGCGAGGUACUUUAAGUUGGGUCGAUGA